AUGGAAGACAGUCAGAGAGGAAAUACCUCCACAAUUACUUAUGUGAUCUUGCUGGGGUUUGGAGACUUCAGAGAAGUUGGGACUGUCCUCUUUUCUUUGUUCCUAAGCCUUUAUGUUGUCACACUGUGUGGUAACCUGUUACUGAUCCUCGCUGUCCAGACAAGCCCACGCCUUCAUACACCAAUGUAUUUCUUUUUGUGUCAUUUAUCCUGUGUGGAUGUUGGAUAUACUAGCAGCAUAGCCCCGCAGCUGCUGAAGGAAGUUUUGUCAGGUGGUGUCACCAUCUCCUUUACUGCCUGUGUGGUGCAACUCUAUGCAGUUGGAGCUCUGCUUACUGUAGAGUGUUUCCUCCUGGCCAUCAUGUCCUAUGAUCGCUUCUUGGCCAUCUGUUGGCCUCUGAGAUAUUCAGUGCUUAUGGACACCAGAACUUGUGUCAAGCUGGCUCUUGGAUCGUGGGUUGGUGGUUUUCUCUUUGUGGGAGCUGUGCUAAUUUUGCUUGCUAAGUUAACCUUCUGUGGACCCCACAUUAUUGAUGAUUUCUUUUGUGACUUCUUCCCCCUGGUGAAGCUUUCCUGCACAGACACUACAAUAGUGGAAAAAGUAGCCUUUGCUUCAUCAUUCCUAUCUUUGUCUCCUUUCCUUUGGACUUUGUUAUCUUAUGGCUGCAUCAUAUUCUGCAUUUUAAGGAUUUCUUCUUCCACAGGUAGAUACAGAGCCUUUUCCACCUGCUCCUCCCACUUGAUUGUUGUGAGUGUGUUUUAUGGCACCAUGAUUGUGGUAUACAUGACACCUGCAUCAGGAAAAACACUCAAUCUGAACAAGAUUUUCUCAUUACUCUACACAGUGCUUACACCCCUUCUCAAUCCUUUAGUUUAUAGUCUGAGAAACAAAGAUGUCCAAAUUGCUCUGAAGAAAGGAACUAAACUUCCAUGUUCAAUAAAGAAAUCCAGGCUAUGA